ACCAAAAAUGAUGAUCAAAAACCAAUCUCUAUUGUUCUUCACAAUAACACUAAUAAUUUCCACAACCACUAUAGCACAAUUAUCACCAGCUAUAUCCCCAGUAGUUCAACCAAACCCUAAACCAACAACAACACCAGCAGCAUCACCAAAACCAUUGGUACCUUCAUUACCAAGCAACUCACCAAGUGAGAACAUUCCAGACACACCCACUGUUGACGUCAUCGCCCUUCUGAGGCAAGCAAAGUCAUUCAACACACUCAUCAGACUCAUGAAGAUCACCCAAUUGAUCAACCAACUCAACUCUCAGCUCAUCACUUCCAAGUCCGGCGGCCUCACCGUCCUCGCCCCCGACGACGCCGCCUUCUCCCAGCUCAAACCCGGCUUCCUCAACUCUCUUUCCGAUGGACAGAAGCUUGAACUCGUGCAGUUCCACGUCAUCUCCGACUACGUCUCGAGUUCCAACUUUGACACACUCACAAACCCGGUCAGGACACUGGCCGGAGCUAAACCGGGAAAGGUGGAACUGAAUGUCAUAAGCUAUGGCGGCAGUGUUAACAUCUCAACCGGAGCGGUUAACACUACAAUUAAUGGAAUCAUUUACACUGAUAAGCAUCUUGCUAUCUAUAAGGUUGGGAAGGUGCUUCUUCCUUUGGAUUUCUUUGCGGUUGCUAAGACUCCUGCAAAGGCACCGUCUCUGGCUCCAGAACCUUCAUCAUCAAAGGCUCCUAAAGCUGACAAGGAUGACACAGGAACAUCAUCGGAUUCAUCUUCGUCGCAGGUUAAUCCCACUGAACAGAGCUCUGGCGGUGCUGUGAAGAUAAAUGUGGUUGCACUUGGUCUUGCAUUCAUGGUGGCUGCUGCUGCAACCAUGCACGCUUGAUAAUGGAGAUGACGCACGCAUGAACAAAUUUCUUUAUUUAAAAUAAUAUAUAUUUACAUACUUAUUUACAUUGAUGAUAUGUUGUUUUUAAUUAUCUCUUAUGUUGUUUUGAACUUGGUAUGUAAAUUUAUAGAUUUCUUUUCAUAAGAUAUGUUAUUUAAUAUGUUUGCAAUUAA